AUAUUGUUCGAUUAAUUUUUUUUACAUACUUGCGAAAAAUUGUAUUUUUAAAAGGGAUUUCUUUAGCAAAAUGUCCAACACCGUGCGGAAUCCAUAUGAUAUGGAUAGCACCACAUUCGAUGCAGAGAAUUAUUUGGAAAGGCUUUUAAAGGAUUGUACACUGAAGCAAAUUAUGGAUACAGAGGCAGCUGUUGUAAAGGAUACACAAACUCUACACUCCGACAUGCAGACCUUAGUAUAUGAAAAUUAUAAUAAAUUUAUCUCCGCAACCGACACCAUAAGGAAAAUGAAAAACGAUUUUAAACAAAUGGAAACCGAUAUGAAUUUGCUAAAGGAUAAAAUGGGUACUAUAACAACAUUUAGUGAACAAAUAACGGGAACAUUGCAAGGAACCCGUUCGCAAUUAUGUAAACUUUCUGAGAAACACUCUUUGCUUAAACGUUUGCAGUUCUUGUCGUCUUUACCGGCCAAAUUGAAAUCGUUGAUAGAGGAACAAAAUUAUGUACAGGCUGUUCAAGACUAUAAGCAUGCCCAAAAAGUUUUCGAACAAUAUGGUCAUCAGCCAUCUUUUGAGGGUAUACGCAAAGAUUGUGACGUCAUAAUGCAAGAUUUGAAGCAACACUUAAGACAAGAAUUUCAAAGAGCAGGGAAGACAGCCCAAUCUCUUACUGAAAUAGGCGAAUUAUUAUUGCAGUUAGAUGAGAAGGCACCCGAUAUGGCGACAGAGAUGUUAAACUGUGCCUCGAAGAGAUUACAUGAACAGAUUGUUAUGUUGCAGGAUCAGACGGAACGCGAUAUGAUCGAGUUUGUUGAUAUGGGUAUUGAAGGAUUUCUAAGUGACCUUACUUUGGUGGUGACCUCUUAUUUUGAUAUGUUCGUGGCCAAACAUUAUGAUAACGAAAGGGAUGACUUCCAAGAACACGCACUUAAAGAGCUAAAUGUAUUUUUGAAUGCAAACAUUGAUAAAUAUUUAACUUUGGUACAAGAUCGAGUUGAGUCAGAUGUUGGAUUUGGUGAUACUCAGGUUAUGCUAAGAGCUUUAGAUCGUCUUCACCGUCGCUUACUGGCCAUGAGGAAUAUAUGCCGUGGCAUAGAAAUACAACGUAAUACAGUCGACAUAAUCAUCUCGGCUGCCCAUCAGCUGUGCGAUGCACAUUCCAAAAAUCUCAAGGACCACUUUUCCGAUAGUCUUAGUUCCGUCAGACUUUCACUGGUUUCGGCCAAAAGUGACACCUCAUCUGGCGGUAGCCUAAAUGAUUUGAUAACGAAUCUUUACGUUUCGUUGGUAGAAAAGGUCAAGGGUGUUUUACAGGAUUUAUUGGUAUUCCUACAAACCGAUUGGUCAUUUAAUAUCAAAUCGGAUUACAAAGGUACUCUAUGCGUAGAGGGUAUACGAGAAAAUCUACUCAUUGGAUUUAUGCGUCACAUUUCAAAAGUUAUGAGUUCAUUUGGUGAUUCCUCGACAUCGAGUCCGCCAAAUUUACUUUUAGUUUUGUCGAAAACGUGUUUGGAAAUGGAACAAAAUGGCGUUCAUAUAUUGAUAUCCUUGGCCGAUGAUUUGUAUGAAAUUGAUUCGGAGAACAGUGCCACAUUAACUCAUGAAACAGAAAUAUGUGCUGAAAUGCGUGAGACUGCUCAAAGUCUACUCGAUACCUUUGUUCGCCUACAAGGCUUGAAUAUAUCACAAAUGCUACGUAAAAGUGUAGAGACCCGUGAUUGGCUAAAUUGUUUAGAACCGCGAACAGUUAGGGCUGUUAUGAAACGAGUAGUCGAAGAAUUGUCCUCUAUUGAAACGGUGGUUGCCAGCCUAUACGAUUGUCCUUCAACAGUUCGUACGACAGCCAGUAGUGAUUCGAGUCGUAAAACUCAUUUUAGUAACUUAACCAAUUCCAAGCAACAGUUUCGUUCAAAUUGGUCAAAUUAUACACCAUCACAACUUGAGUCGUCGUAUGUUUCCAACAUCCAUCGAUUGUUUUCCGAGAGAAUUGAUAUUUUUACAUCAGUUGAGUUUUCUAAGGUUUCGAUUGUUACGGGCAUUAUAAAAAUUGGAUUAAAGACUUUAUUGGAAUGUGUUCGUUUGCGUACUUUUAGUAAAUUUGGUUUGCAGCAAAUACAAGUGGACACACAUUAUUUGCAAAUGAAUCUCUGGCGUUUUGUUAAAGAUGAAAAUUUGAUAAAUUUUUUGUUGGAUGAAAUUUUGGGAUCUGCUGUGCAUCGAUGCUUGGAAUCGACUUUAAUGGAGCCAAAUGCCGUUGAAAUAAUAUGUGAACGCGGUUAGUAUUUUUAAUAAUUACAUUUGAGUUGUUUGUAAAUCAUUCCAGAUGCAAAUUUAAUUGAGCAAUUCAUAAAUGUUUAAUUUAUUCUAUUUUAAAUUUUCAUGCUAGCUUAAGGAUUAAAUAAAAAAAAUUAAUAAAACGUGUUUUUUUAAUUUAAAAAAAAA